AUGGAUGUGAUAGAAUUAUGCUAUUGGAAACCGCCUCUCCCCUCCCCCCCUCUCGUUCCCUCACCCAUACCUUUCCGCUGGUGGCCCUCCCCUCCCGCCCCCUCGUGCCUCUCUCCCUCCUCCACCUCCCCAUGCGCCUUGGGGCCUGUGAUGGGCGGUGGGUGCUGCAUCGCAUUGUACUCUGCCUCCAGCUCCCUUAGCCGCUCUGAGACCUGGGAGGACAAAGAGGAGCAUCGAACACAGCAGAGGGAGGGGCGUUGCACACAGAUGGUGCUGCAUCGCAUUGUACUCUGGGAGGAGCAGAGGGAGGGGCAUUGCACACAGAUGGUGCUGCAUCGCAUUGUACUCUGGGAGGAGCAGAGGGAGGGGCAUUGCACACAGAUGGUGCUGCAUCGCAUUGUACUCUGGGAGGAGCAGAGGGAGGGGCAUUGCACACAGAUGGUGCUGCAUCGCAUUGUACUCUGGGAGGAGCAGAGGGAGGGGCAUUGCACACAGAUGGUGCUGCAUCGCAUUGUACUCUGGGAGGAGCAGAGGGAGGGGCAUUGCACACAGAUGGUGCUGCAUCGCAUUGUACUCUGGGAGGAGCAGAGGGAGGGGCAUUGCACACAGAUGGUGCUGCAUCGCAUUGUACUCUGGGAGGAGCAGAGGGAGGGGCAUUGCACACAGAUGGUGCUGCAUCGCAUUGUACUCUGGGAGGAGCAGAGGGAGGGGCAUUGCACACAGAUGGUGCUGCAUCGCAUUGUACUCUGGGAGGAGCAGAGGGAGGGGCAUUGCACACAGAUGGUGCUGCAUCGCAUUGUACUCUGGGAGGAGCAGAGGGAGGGGCAUUGCACACAGAUGGUGCUGCAUCGCAUUGUACUCUGGGAGGAGCAGAGGGAGGGGCAUUGCACACAGAUGGUGCUGCAUCGCAUUGUACUCUGGGAGGAGCAGAGGGAGGGGCAUUGCACACAGAUGGUGCUGCAUCGCAUUGUACUCUGGGAGGAGCAGAGGGAGGGGCAUUGCACACAGAUGGUGCUGCAUCGCAUUGUACUCUGGGAGGAGCAGAGGGAGGGGCAUUGCACACAGAUGGUGCUGCAUCGCAUUGUACUCUGGGAGGAGCAGAGGGAGGGGCAUUGCACACAGAUGGUGCUGCAUCGCAUUGUACUCUGGGAGGAGCAGAGGGAGGGGCGUUGCACACAGAUGGUGCUGCAUCGCAUUGUACUCUGCCUUUAG